AUGGAGGCCACCGCCACCGCCCCCGUCCAGGAUACAGGCCUCACCCACCGCGCCUAUAGGCCGGUCGACGACACGCCGGCGCGGAUGCCCGUUCCCGGCGGCGCGACCAGCCGGGACCCGAAGAGGAAGCUGGGCCGCGCCAAGCGUGGCCUCCGCUCGCUCGUCGUCGCCGUGACGUUCUCGGCCGCGCUCACCGCGGUCGCCUUCUACGUGUCCGGCCCGGGCUCGUCGACGGACGACACCAGGGCGCCGUCCGCGGCCAUGGUGGCGAUCGCGCGCGCCGGGUCGGUGGCCGCGGAGGCCGUGAUGGCGCUGGCGGCGUGGAUGGUGUGGGCCGAGGGCGGCCUCCACGGGAUGCCCGGCGCGACGCUGGCGCCGUUCGCGGCGCAGCUCCUGGCGGCCGCGGCGUGGCCGGCCCUGGCGCUGAGGCUCGGGGCCGGGUGGGCCGGGAUGGCGUGCUGCGCAGCCAUGGCCGCAGGCGCCGCCGCGUGCGUCCGCGGGUUCGGCCGUGUGAACCCUGUCGCCGGAGAUCUCGCCAUGCCCUGCGCGGUCUGGGCCGUGCUCCUCGCCGUCAUGAACUACAAGAUGAUGUAGAGAGACGGAGGGAGACAGAGAUGAUGAUGCUUCUAUGAGUGUUGUGUUGUGGCGUGAUGGAACCUGAAGUGGUGUGUGGGUUUCGGCG